AUGGUGGACAACACAAAAAAUCUUUCCGCUUUGCUCAACGGGCUUACGAAGCGCAAUUAUUACGGUGAAGAAGAGCUGACAGACGAAUUCUUAAAAAAUGAACUGUACCCUGACCUUGAGGAAGAUGAAUUUAAAAAUCUGGUUAAUCGAUGCCUUCACCUAAUGAAGAAUAUGGUAUCAGCUGAUAUGGACAUGACACAACUAGAGAUUUUCUUAACAGCUCAGAUGAAACGGAGAGAAGGAGCUUUAACAGAACAGCAAGCGAAUGCUUAUAGAAAAUUUUGGAAAACUCACAAAACAAAAAUUCAUGAUAAGAUAGUGGAACAGACAAUGUGGGGUAAUACUCUCAAGAAAGUGUCUUGGAGAAUUGAUUUAAAAUCUCAGGGACGAAGAUCAGACGAUAUAAAUACUCCAUCAGCCAUCAUGGAAUUACAAAUUGCUGAACAUCAAAAUAAAGAUCAGGUGGUGAGGUUUGAAAUGGAUGAACAGAAAUUAAAAUCAGUGUUACAAAGUAUGGAAGAAAUAGAAGAACAGAUUGAUAAUUAUUGUAAUGAUAUUCAAGAUGAUCAGUUAUUGCGUUUUUUAGCCAUUACCAUCACCAAUAAAAGCACUGUUCUGAAGUUGUAUUAG